UCUCCGCCCUCCAUAUCCUCUCAUCAACCCAAAAUCAAGACACAACAAAAGAAAUAAAAGCAUAUUGAAAUCAAUAUAUAUAGUUUAAUCCCAGCAGUCAUGGACUCAACCGCCGUCCUCCACCGUGGCUUUUCUGCAGCACCACAACCACGUCUCCCCACCACCCGGCCUUCCGUUGCAGGACGACAGCUUCUUCCAUUAUUGACUUUCCGUUGCAAUGUGUCUUCGGUCCAUCUCUUGGUUAAGAAAUCCAACGACAACUGUAUUAAUAGAUAUGGAAGCAGGUUAAACAAGAAGAAUAACAAUAAUGGGAUUAUUGAUAUACAAUGUGGUAGGGAGAGCGAAAUACCUUGGGGAUACAAGGAUGAUGCCAACUUUCCUUCUCCAAAUGCUCGAUUGGCCUUACAAUCACUCCUCUGCUUCUCUCCCAAGGAUGACACGGAUACAAGUACUAUAGCUAAAGAAAAGAUAAGGGCAUUACAAGCAUUGCUAAAUAAAAAACCUCAUGAAAAACAUGAUAGAGCAACUGAGAUAAUGAACGAUGUAUACCAAAAGUACAGAAACCAUCGCAAUAAGUAUAUUCAAUAUGAAGCUAAAAUGGCCUUCAUUCAAAUUCUCAUCCACGUGGGAACAAAUAAAAGUUGGUCCAGAGCUCAUGAGGUACUUCGAGAGGUGGAAAAGCAGGAGCGACCAAGUGAUGCAACCUUUCAUCUUUAUAAAGCAGUGAUAAGCACAUUAUUAAGAGCCCAGAGUCCUAAAGUUCAUUGGGAUAAUUAUACAAACCUAUUUGAUGAUGAUCCUUCCGGGAUGUGAGGGUAACAUUAUAUUAUAUUGUAAUAAUUAAUUACACAUCCUUUUUAUAUGGGGGAAAAAUUAAUAAUUUGUAUUUUUCAAUUCUUGUUCUUUAUUAAUUAAUUAUUAUUAUUAUUACUA